GGGCCCACAAGGUCCUCGCCUCUUGGGGAGGCAAGAGGGGGACUGGGUUCGGUGGUCUGGCCGCAGUGGUGACGCCUUCCCUGUGACUGUUUGCAGACUACGUCUACUUCGAGAACUCCUCCAGCAACCCAUACCUGAUCCGGAGGAUCGAGGAGCUCAACAAGACGGCCAAUGGGAACGUGGAGGCCAAGGUGGUGUGCUUCUACAGACGAAGGGACAUCUCGAGCACGCUCAUUGCCCUGGCCGACAAGCACGCGACCUUGUCAGUCUGCUAUAAAGCCGGACCAGGGUCGGAAAACGAGGAGGAAGGGGAGAUGGAGGAGGAGUUGGAGAACCCAGAGAUAGUGGAUCUGCCUGAGAAGCUCAAGCACCAGCUGCGGCACCGUGAGCUGUUCCUGUCGAGGCAGCUGGAGUCCCUGCCUGCGACCCAUAUCAGGGGCAAGUGCAGCGUCACGCUGCUCAACGAGACCGAGUCACUCAAGUCCUACCUGGAGCGGGAGGAUUUCUUCUUCUAUUCUCUAGUCUAUGACCCCCAGCAGAAGACCCUGCUGGCCGAUAAGGGGGAGAUCCGCGUGGGGAACCGGUACCAGGCUGACAUCACUGACUUGCUGAAGGAAGGCGAGGAGGACGGGCGUGACCAGUCCAAGCUGGAGACCAAGGUCUGGGAGGCGCACAACCCUCUCAUCGACAAGCAGAUCGACCAGUUCCUGGUGGUGGCCCGCUCUGUGGGCACCUUUGCGCGUGCACUGGACUGCAGCAGCUCCGUCCGCCAGCCCAGCCUGCACAUGAGUGCUGCAGCCGCUUCCCGGGACAUCACCUUGUUCCACGCCAUGGACACGCUCCACAAGAGCAUCUAUGACAUCUCCAAGGCCAUCUCGGCCCUGGUGCCGCAGGGUGGGCCAGUGCUGUGCCGGGAUGAGAUGGAGGAAUGGUCUGCCUCCGAGGCCAACCUCUUUGAGGAGGCCCUGGAGAAGUACGGGAAGGACUUCACAGACAUCCAGCAGGACUUUCUCCCGUGGAAGUCUCUCACCAGCAUCAUCGAGUACUACUACAUGUGGAAGACAACUGACAGAUACGUCCAGCAGAAACGCUUGAAAGCAGCUGAAGCUGAGAGCAAGUUAAAGCAAGUUUAUAUACCCAACUACAACAAGCCAAACCCAAACCAGAUCAACGUCAACAGCGUCAAGGCGGGUGUGGUGAACGGCACAGGGGCGCCAGGCCAGAGCCCCGGUGCUGGCCGGGCCUGCGAGAGCUGUUACACCACACAGUCUUACCAGUGGUAUUCUUGGGGUCCCCCUAACAUGCAGUGUCGUCUCUGUGCCUCUUGUUGGACAUACUGGAAGAAAUAUGGUGGCUUGAAAAUGCCAACCCGCUUAGAUGGCGAGAGGCCGGGACCUAACCGCAGUAACAUGAGUCCGCACGGCAUCCCGGCCCGGAGCAGCGGGAGCCCCAAGUUUGCCAUGAAGACGAGGCAGGCCUUCUACCUGCACACCACCAAGCUGACGCGCAUUGCCCGACGAUUGUGCCGUGAGAUCCUGCGUCCCUGCCACGCCGCCCGGCACCCCUACAUGCCCAUCAACAGUGCCGCCAUUAAGGCCGAGUGCACAGCCCGGCUGCCCGAGGCCUCUCAGAGCCCGCUGGUGCUGAAGCAGGUGGUACGGAAGCCCCUGGAAGCCGUGCUCCGGUACCUCGAGGCCCACCCUCGCCCGCCAAAGCCGGAGCCCGUGAGGGGCGCGGCUGGUGUGCCCGGCAGCCUGACCCCCGCCAAGGCAGCCCCGGUCAUCAACAGCGGCUCCCCCACCAUCCUGGGCAAGCGAAGCUACGAGCAGCACAACGGGACAGACGGCAACAUGAAGAAGCGCCUCCUGAUGCCCAGUAGGGGUUUGACAAACCAUGGACAGACCAGGCACAUGGGACCAAGCCGGAACCUGCUGCUCAAUGGGAAGUCGUACCCCACCAAAGUGCGCCUGAUCCGGGGGGGCUCCCUGCCCCCCGUCAAGCGGCGGCGGAUGAACUGGAUUGAUGCCCCUGAUGAUGUGUUUUACAUGGCCACCGAGGAGACCAGGAAGGUCCGAAAGCUGCUGUCGUCCUCUGAAACCAAGCGUGCCGCCCGCCGGCCCUACAAGCCCAUCGCCCUGCGCCAGAGCCAGGCCCUGCCCCUCCGGCCACCGCCACCGCCACCUGUGAACGACGAACCCAUUGUCAUCGAGGACUAGGGCAACCGGCCGGCGUGCCACCGCCCAGAGCCGCCGUGCAGUGUGACUGUGGCGCCCAGCCCGGCGGCGUCCCCCAACCAGACUGCUCCCGCCUGCCACCGCCGCCGCCUCCUCCCCUCUCUUCAGUUUUUGGUAGUGGCCCCUCCCGUGCCGUCCCUCCAGAGAAGGUGCCCCUCUCGUGGACACUGGAGAGAAGUGCGGUUAACUUAUUCCGAGAAUGCCCAGAGCCCCUAGCUUUGUGUUAACUUUUGGCCGGAGCGGAGACGUGGCGCCUGCCCUCGGGCCCCGGGUGCACUGCGGGGCCUCUCGUCCCAGCGGGAGGCUGGCUUGUAAGAUUUCGUUGUGUUCUGUUGAAGGUGCCAUUUUAAAUUUUAUUUUUAUUACUUUUUUUGUAGAUGAACUUGAGCUCUGUAACACUCACACCCGGAAUGUUAGGGUUGGUGUGGUCGGCGCCGGCUGUGCUGCCUGCCGGGUCGGCCCUUGUCUUUUCAAGUAAUUUUCAUAUUAAACAAAACAAAGAAAAAAAACUCAUUAAAA